AGAAGAGACAGAUGUGAGCGGUGAUGAGCAGUAUAAGGAGGCAGCAUUGAAGUUGGCCCCAACGCAAUCCUUUGCCAUCCUUCGCCAUCCUUCGCUUUUUUACUGAAAAAAUCACCUUUGACUGAAGACAUUUUAGACAGAAUGCCUAAGAAAAGAAUAAAAAAAUCAAGAGAGCCCAAGCAGGCAGAAAAAAAGAACGUAGACCCAACCUUAUCCGAGGAUGAGGAGCCAGAUUAUCGGAGGCAAAGUUCUCCAAGCCCCAAUAAGCACGUAGGGCAAAAAUCAUCCUCCUCUGAGGAAAAAUCCCAGAGCGAACAUUCAAGUAGCCCAAGUUCAGAAGAGGAUAUAAUUUCACAUGAGGAAUCCGAGGAGGAGAGUGUCCCUCAAGUGUCGGCCCCCCAGGACUCCCAGGAUAGGCCUUCCAAAGAGCCUGAACCACGUCCCGCUCCUCAGCCAACCAGAGGAAGACGCCUCAUGAUUCGUGGCAGAGGACGUGGUCGUGGUGGCGCUCGGCUCGGUCGGACGAAUAUUGAAGGGGGGCAGGACGAGCCUCAGGUCAUCAUUGAUACUAACCUCCUGAUUGCGAUGGUCGAGGCUCGGCCUGCUCUUUGGGAUUCAUCCGACCCAAACCAUGGCAAGCGCCAAUACUCCAAGGCUCUUUGGAUGGAGAUCUACAGAGCAAUCUGUAAUUCCUGGGAGGACCUGUCAUCACAGGAAAGAUGGAUUGUCGGUGAUCAGAUUAAAAAUCACUGGCACUCCAUCAGGGACCGGCACAUGAGGGACCUUAGGGAGGAGGAAGAGAGGCCCAGUGGAUCCGGGGCCUCAAGCAAAACUCCGUAUGUGCACCGCCCACUCCUCGGAUUCCUCCAAAAGUGCCACAAACUGCGGAAAACACAUUCCAGUGUAAGGGCGCACCAGACCCUGGCAGUGGCAACCCCCUCCCACCCCCCUCCCCUCCCUGGACGAGCCCACAACACUGCUGAUAAAGGGCAAAAACCUUCUCCCCUACCAGCUUCCUCAUCGUCCCAACCAAGUCGCCAGAGGAUUGAAACCUCCUUUGGAGAUUUGGUCCGGCCGUUGAAGACUGGUAGGAGACAGCAUGGGAUCCUUGAAGAUCUCAUAAAGCUCACAAAGGAGAGCUUUAUGAGAUUGGAUGAUAAAGUGGAAGUCUUAAGGAAGGAGAUUUGCCAGUUACGGCAGGUGGGGGCAGGGCCGUCUACUGGUCCCCCUUCAGGCUCUCUACUCUAUCUCCAAAGCCUGGCUCCCAUGCUGGAGAAACUGCCCCUUGAUAAGCAGUGUAUUUUCCGUAAGGAGUCAAGCGACCUUAUGAGUAGACUCUGCUGCCCCCCUCCUCCCAUCCCCCCAAAUCCCCCUACUGCCCCAAACCGCCCCACCCCACCCCCUAUCCACUCCCCUUACUUGACCAUGUCCCCUGCCCAAAGUAGCAUCCGUUCCCCUUCCCGUCACCACUCCCGUUCCCAUCACUAUUCCCGUUCCCCUUCCCAUCACUAUUCCCGUUCCCCUUCCCGUCACUAUUCCCGUUCCCCUUCCCGUCACUAUUCCCGUUCCCCUUCCCGUCACUACUCCCGUUCCCCUUCCCGUCACCAGUCCCGCUCCCGUCACCAGUCCCGUUCCCGCUCCCGUCACCAGUCCCGUUCCCCUUCCCAUGGCCGUUACCCUUCUCUUUCCACUCCCCAUUCAUACGGCCAUCACCUUUCCCCUCCCCGUUAUCCCCAGUCGAUGUCCCACACCCUGCCCCACUCCCUGGAACAUUCCCAGCAUUUGGGCCAGUUAUCCACCCCUUCUAGUAGCAUGGUCCAAAUGCUGUCCCAGUCCCAUUCCACCCCUUCCUUCACACCUCCCAAUUUCCCUCUGCCCCCUAAUAUUCCCUCCCCUUCAACACCUUUCCAACAUUUUUCAUAAUUUCCCACUCCCAUUCCUACUCCAUGGAAACCCCAGAGUCCCAGAUUGUACUCACAAAGUAGAAUAGACUCCUUACGGCCCCCGGAGGACCCCAGCUCCCAAGACCCUUCCCAUGCUCCCCUUACCCUGCUGUCCUUCAUGGACUUAUAGGGCUUAUUCUGAAUAAAAAACAUUUUCUUC